UCAGUAGAGCAGAGAGACACAGAGAGAAAGCAAGACAGACGGAGACAUAGAGAGAACACAGUGAGAAAUAAAAACAGGAAACAACAGUGUUGCAGAAGAAGACAAAAGAAACUGUUUACGAGGGAGAGCAACAGAUAAAGUGGGAAAGAGAGAGAGCGGGACAGAGAAACUAAACAGUGUUAGAGGGGGAAGAGGGAGGGGGAUGGCAUGUGUGUUGGCUGAUGCUUCACCCUUCUGCUUUUUAAUGCGAUGCAGCUUCGAGUUUGAAGACAGAGGAUGCCGUAUUCUUGGGAUUGAUCGUGACCUGAAACAGUUUCUCAGCACUUGACACAACUUCAGCUUCACUAAAAGUCAUUACUUCUCUCUCUGGGAUGCUGCAGAGACCAGGACUGUAGUGGCACAGGUCACAGCCUGAACUCCUCCUCACCAUAAUGGACAGCAUGGAUUCUCAAACAAACCCAUCACCAGACGAUAAGCAGCUUCCCUGAUACAAGCUUCCUGUUUAUUCACAAGGCAGCUUGUCUUAACACUUAAGAGUAGACAGCUCUUGGCUUAAGAUGAACUCUGUGAACCAAAGCUGUAGAAACAGUGAAGAUCUGCGAACGUACCAACACCAUGUGUAUGCAGUGGUGUACAGCGUGAUCUUAGCACCUGGUCUGCUGGGUAAUGUGUUGGCGCUCUGGGUGUUCAGGGUCUAUGUCAGAGAAACCAAGAAGGCGGUGGUGUUCAUGAUGAACCUGGCUGUGGCCGACCUGCUGCAGGUCCUCUCUCUGCCCCUGCGGAUCUACUAUUACCUGAACAACACCUGGCCCUUUGGUCAUCCUCUGUGCAUGAUCUGCUUCUAUCUCAAGUAUGUCAACAUGUACGCAUCCAUCUUCUUCCUGGUGUGUGUCAGCGUGCGUCGCUGUGAGCUCAUCAUGCGUCCGCUGAGGUACAACUCGUCCAAGCGAAAAGGGGACAUGCUUAUCUGUGCCAGUGGCUGGAUGCUGGUCUGCCUGGCCUGUCUGCCGUUCCCUCUGCUGAGGAACCCCAAAUCUGAACAAAACAAUGGUGAACAUGUGUGUUUCUCAGAGCUGCCCAUGAGGAAUAUCAGUACUCCAGGGGCCUGGGCCCUCCUCAUCAUAGCGGAGCUGGUGGGCUUCAUCAUCCCCCUCAUCCUGGUGUUAGCCUGCUCCUGUCUAACUGCUGGGAGCCUUCGGGACCCGACAGCGGGGGCAAUUCAUGACCGAGGGGAGAAGCGGAGGGCGUUCCGGAUGGUACUAAGCUGCGCCGUGGUCUUCUUACUGUGCUUUGCUCCUUACCAUAUCACCAUGCCCCUGGACUUCUUGGUCAAAGCCAACGCUGUGAGCAGCUGUUCCCUCAGGGACCUGAUUCUGCGAUGCCACCCCGUCACGCUCUGUCUGGCCAGUCUGAACUGCAGCCUGGACCCGCUCAUGUACUAUUUCACAACUGAUGAAUUCUGGAGGCGACUGAGCAAGCCAGAGAUACCAGAGAGCAUGACUUUCAGCAGGCGUCUGUCUUGCAUAACUGGAGGAGAGCGGGCAGAGGAUGAGUAGACUACAGUCUAAUCUCUUGUUGAAGGAGCGACUAUUUUAUCUCAACCACUAAACCCACAGAUAAUUUCUAUGCAUUCCUAAAAACUACAGAAAUAUAAUUUACGUGCAAACCAGUAUGUAAAAAAUAUGUUUCAACAGAGGAUGAUUUUUUUGUAUUUAUUUUUUUAAAAUAAAAAUGUGUCUGUUCUAAAUUUGUACUGGCCUGGUGAAGAGUGAGCAGUUCCUGUUAUGAAGCAUGGACAUGCCACAAGUGCCAACAUCUCUAAUGAGCAUGGGGAAAUACCACAUACAGGAAAAGUCCCCUUGUCUGCUACAUUUGAGGUCUAGAUCCAGUUUUAUGAUAGGCUAGCAGCUUGCAGAGUUGGAUAAAAGGGUGAUUUCUGGCCUUCUAAAGUGCUGCUUUCGUUGGUGCUUUAAUAAAAACCAAUUGUCAAGAUAUUCAGUAGGUAAAGAAAUGCAACUUUAUUCAACAACAAAGUUAAGUUCAGUUCAGUAGCUGCACACAACAUUGUUUUUUUUAUCUAAUCUUCUGAUAUUCAGUUAAAAAGCUGAGACAGAAACACAUUUGUACAAGCACACUUCCUGUCUGAUUGUCUCUCUGUGCAGACAUUGCGUGGGAAACUUUUGAAAAUGACUUUAUUUAGCAAAAGGCCAUUUUUUUCUUCUGACUUUUAAAACCAAAUAAAAGAAUUAUGCAGAUACUUUGUUCCUGUCACAAUUUUAAUAUAUGUUGUUGUUCAAAAAGAACUUACAGGAACUUAUUUCUUAUGGUCUCAGUAAAGGUAAUUCCAUGUGAUGGGACUACAAAUUUAUAAAUAAGAAUUCAAAAACAAGAGUCAAAUUUGGUGAAAUUUCCCUUUAGCUCAUACAUUCCUUCAGCUCAUCAACCAUCCUUCAAGUUUAUUAUCACAAAUGAGGUUUCAACACAAACACAUACACUGGUUGUAUAGGGUGCUGGGCUGUUCACCAUCAGGUUUACAUGGAAUCAUCACACACCAGGACAGCAGAGGCCUCUGGGAGCAGCGGGGCACUCUGGGAAAUAUCUACAGAGUGGUGACUGAGAGACUGGGCUUGUGCAUCUCUGGUACCAUCCAUUCAAAAAAAAAAAAACAAAACAAAACAACGACCAA